CUCUGACUCUGAAGUUUGGAGUUAAGAAAUGUCUGCUGUCAGUGUCACACUCGGCUCAACUUUGCUGUUUUUCAGCGUCUUCACGGUCGUCUCUGCAGUCCAGAUAAACAUCACAACCCAGUCUGGACAGGACGUCACUCUGACAUGUCGAGUUACAAAUAACAUCACAGCUGUAGAGUGGAGCAGAGCUGACCUGGGACAAAAAAAUGUCUUUUUGUACCAGGAUGGGCGUUUUGUUCCAAACAACCAGCAUCCAUCAUAUAAGAACCGGGUGGAUCUGCGGGACAGAGGGAUGAAGGAUGGAGACGCGUCUUUGAUUCUGAAGAAAGCGACCACUGCUGAUUCUGGAACAUACAAGUGUCGUGUCUUUUUGAGAGAAACACGCUCAUGGAAGUUCACCAUCAUCAACCUGAGAGUUGAUCCUCCAGUCCAGAUAAACAUCAUAGCUGUGUCUGGACAGGACGUCACUCUGCCAUGUCGAGUUACAAAUAACAUCACAGCUGUAGAGUGGAGCAGAGCUGGCCUGGGACAAAAAAAUGUCUUUUUGUACCAGGAUGGGCGGUUUGUUCCAAGCAACCAGCAUCCAUCAUAUAAGAACAGAGUGGCUCUGCGGGACAGAGGGAUGAAGGAUGGAGACGCGUCUUUGAUUCUGAAGAAAGUGACCACUGCUGACACUGGAACAUACAAGUGUCUUUUUAAAAUAGCAGAAACAGGCUCAUGGAAAUAUGUCACCAUCAAUCUGAAUGUUUCUCCAGACCAGAUGAACAUCACAGCCGAGUCUGGACAGGACGUCACUCUGACAUGUCAAAUUACAAAUAAGAUCUCAGCUGUAGAGUGGAGCAGAGCUGACCUGGAACCGAAAAAUGUCUUUUUGUACCAGGAUGGGCGUUUUUUUCCAAACAACCAGCAUCCAUCAUAUAAGAACAGAGUGGCUCUGCGGGACAGAGGGAUGAAGGAUGGAGACGUGUCUUUGAUUCUGAAGAAAGUGACCACUGCUGACUCUGGAACAUACAAGUGUCAUUUUGAAAUAGAAGAAAUACGUUCAUGGAAAAACAUCACCAUCAAUCUCAGUGUUCCUCUAGACCACAAAAUCAUCCCAGCUGAGUCUGGACAGAAAGUCACUCUGACAUGUCGAGCUCCAAACAACAGUAAACGUGUAAAAUGGAGCAGAGCUGACCUUAGAGAUAAAUAUGUCCUUUUGUACCAGGACGGGCAUUUAAAUCCAGACAACCAGCAUCCAUCUUUUAAGAGCCGUCUGACUUUGCAGGACAGACAGAUGAAGGAUGGAGACGUGUCUUUGAUUCUGAAGGAUGCGAACACGGCUGACAGUGGAACAUACAUGUGCCGUGUCUUCAUGGAGGAAACACGCUCAUGGAAAUUGCUCAUUAACAACUAUCUGAUUGUCGUUCCUCCAGGUCAGAAAAUGAACAUCAAAGCUGAGUCUGGACAAAAUGUCACUCUGCCAUGUCAAAGUUCAAACAACAACAUCACAGGUGUAAAAUGGAUGGGAUCUCGCAUGGAAGAUCUUCUUCGCAUGGAAGAUGUUCUUUCGUACCAGAAUGGGAAUUUUGAACGAGACAAUCAGGAUCGGUCUUUUAAGAACCGGGUGGAUCUCCUGGACAUACAGAUGACGGAUGGAAACAUGUCUAUGAUUGUGAACGAUCUGACGCCUGCUGACAGUGGAACAUACAUGUGUGGUGUCUUUAUGGAAGAAACACGCUCAUGGAAAUACAUCAGCUACGUACGUCUGAGUGUUACUGAUCGUUCAGGUCCGACAGGAGGAUCUGUUGCACUGAUCAUCGGUGUUUCUGCUGUUGUUUUAAUUGUUGGAUUUUUGAUCUACAAAAGAAAACAACGCCGUUCUAACACUCAUGAUGAUCCAGAGGAUGAACAGCCUCUUUCCCCCCAAGAGCUGGUCUGUGACUGAUGUCAUGAUGAAUCAGGACUCUGCUGAACACCCAGCAGAUGACUGUAGACGUCUAACAUCUCUGAUUAUUAAUGUUCAGACUCCGACUGUUAGGGUUGAAAAAAUAUAAAUUGUUUAUAAAAUAAUUAAAUAAAGCUGUUUUAUUAUUUGAAUAUAUACACAAUGCAAAUGUGCUCAUGAACGAGUUAGCACUCUGUGUUUUCAGGAUCAUGAGCUUCUUCCGGUGCUAAGACUGGGCUGAAGUACUGAAGAGUGGACGCAGAGCGCUUGAGAGUCUUUGCUGCAUGCUCACACAUACACUGAUAAUAGUUUUCUAUAAGUCUCUGGUUAAAGAGUCUGAAUAAGAUGUCCUGAACUGAGCCUUAGAAUAAGAUGAAGGAUAACAUUAGAUAAUCAAGGCUAUGCAGGAUGUGUUUUUGUGUCCAUGUGUUUCUGAUUCCAGGAGGAGCAGAUACCAGGUGAGGUUGGACGUGAAGACGGAGGAUCCGCAGGAGCCAUCAGGAUGUGAGAAGAAGACAGCCAUAAUAAUCUUUGUUACUGUCACAAUGUAAAAAGCUGUACAGGGUUAUCCUUGGUGUGAGACAGACUGGGGUUCGGCCUUGUGUACUUGUCAACUGCCAAAGGCAAUUAAAUCUUUUUAGAUGACAGAUAUUUCUCCCGAAUUCCUUCUGAAAAAUUUGAAGUCAAACUGUGUUACAAACAUACAUGAAUUUAUGAGCUCUAAUCUCAGAAUCAGUGAGUGUUUUUGUGUUGGAGCUUCAGGUUCAGCUGUUUGUAAGAACUUGUGAACCAAACAAACUGAUCCUCAUGCAGAGAUCUGCCUUUUUAGUAAACAAACAAACGGCUCCCACUACUGUGUGCGUCUCACUCUAUACAAGUCACCGAUCCUAGAUCCAGCAAAACAGCCCCAGACCAUCACCUGGUUGAUGCCACACACUGUGGAAACAUCCUUUCACCUACUCAAUGGUGUACAAAGAUCCUGCAUGAACCAAAGAUUUACAAUUUUGAUUCAUCAGUCCAAAAUACCUUCUUUCAGUUUUCAGCAGUCUAAUGACGGUGUUUCAUGGCCCAGGCAAUCCACUCAGUCUCAUUCUGACAUGUGGCUUUCCUGCUGCAACUCAUCCUGUCAAUCCUGCAGCUCAAAGUCUUCUCUUCAAAGUUGAAACUGAGGCUUGCUAUGACCGUGAUUAAGCUGUGCUCUUCUUGGCAAUUUCUCUGUAUGAACAUACACUACAUUUUUAAGUGUUAUGAUGGUCUGUCUCUCUUCCAUUGUUAAUUGCCCUUUUCUCACCAUUUCUAUAGCAACACACUACUUUCUGCAGUACUGUUCAACUGAUGGUCACGAGGGUGUGGUACCACAGUGUGUUCCAGCACUUUUAUGCAGACAGAGGGGAUUGGAAGUAAUCCAGAAAAGUUGAAACACCUGUAGGAGUUAGUAGCACCAGCUUUCAAGGCUUGAUCAACCUCCAUUAAUCCAGAACAGCUUUAAAUUUUAACCCAUUUUUUGUUCCCUGAAAAAGGCCUUUUUGUAUAAUUCUGAAAUGUACAUUAUUUUUCAGUUUUGGGUAACCUUACCUUUUUUGUUGUGGAAGUUCAACACUUACCUUUAUACCAUUUUAAGCUAUUCAUUGGACUUGAUCUACAAUAAAUAAGUGGGAAAUCAAUGGAGUUUUCUAAAACUUUUGACCUGUAGUGUAGCUGAUGUGUAGAUAUUUCUCUCUGAUCCUGAACUGUGAAGUUUGCCACUUUCCUUAAUUUAACUCAUGCUGCACGGAGUAAAUCAUGUAAAGUUCCUCACCUGUGUCAUCUUCAACUUCACCUUGUUAAUAAAUA